AUUUCAAGAAUCAAGAUUCAUGCUAACGACUCACUAAACCAAAAAUAAUUUUCACCAUCAGAAUUUCAUUCUUGCUUUGCUGUGACCUGUUGAGAGCGAUUUGCUAAGAUCACAAGCACCGGUAGAAUUGAACCCAUUAACAAUGUCAAUGAGAAAAACAGGAGGACCAUAACCAAAUUAAUAAAUUCUGCCACCAGCCUGCUUUCCUUUCUCCAAUUGGCAUUCAUGAAACAACUACCUCCAUAAUUACCUGCACAAUAGGACAUUGUAAACGUCCCCUCUAUCUCCGAUAUUUCAAGCCUCAAUCCACCGUCUCCACUGAAAUUUUCUCUCCAGCUUUCAUCUUCUUUGCCAUCCUAUAGCAAAUUUCUUAACCAAUAAUGCCUGGAAACAAUGUAAAAUGGCUGUUUUUCAUCCUAACAAGCUAUCUGGCCUUCAAUGUUGUCCUCACCUCAAAGAAUCCAUUCACCAGAAAGACUUACAUUAUUCAGAUGGAUAAGCAUGCAAAGCCAGAAUCCUUCUCUAAUCACCUUGAAUGGUACUCCUCGCAAGUAAAAUCAGCAUUGUCUAAUUCCGAAAAUGAAGCCAAUGCAGGCCGUCAAGAGAGAAUAAUUUAUAGCUAUCAGGCUGCUUUUCAUGGGUUUGCUGCCAAGUUAAGUGAAGAAGAAGCCGAGAGGCUAGAGGAGGCAGAUGGUGUACUGGCUAUAUUCCCGGAGACUAUCUAUCAACUACACACCACUAGAAGCCCCGUGUUCCUUGGGCUAGAACCAGAAGUAAGCACAAGUGUCUGGUCUCAAAAAAUUGCAGACCAUGAUGUUGUAGUGGGAGUGCUAGACACGGGGAUUUGGCCAGAAAGUGAAAGCUUCAAUGACAAAGGCAUGACUCCAGUGCCUGCUUAUUGGAAAGGAACAUGUGAGACAGGCCGAGGUUUUGAAGAACACCAUUGCAAUAGAAAAAUUGUCGGAGCAAGAGCAUUUUACAAGGGAUAUGAAGCUACUACUGGAAAAAUCAAUGAGCAAAAUGAGUAUAAAUCCCCAAGAGAUCAAGAUGGUCAUGGAACUCACACAGCAGCUACUGUUGCUGGCUCUCCUGUGCAUGGAGCAAAUCUGUUGGGCUACGCUUAUGGAAUAGCAAGAGGAAUGGCACCUGGUGCUAGAAUUGCUGCCUACAAGGUCUGCUGGGCUGGAGGGUGUUUCAGCUCAGACAUUAUGUCUGCAAUUGAUAGGGCAGUGGCUGACGGAGUGAAUGUACUAUCAAUAUCUUUGGGUGGUGGGGUUUCUUCUUACUAUCGUGAUAGCUUGUCCAUAGCAGCUUUUGGGGCGAUGGAGAUGGGUAUUUUUGUUUCAUGCUCGGCUGGAAAUGGAGGACCUGACCCUGCCAGCCUCACAAACGUAUCGCCAUGGAUAACCACAGUUGGCGCCAGCACAAUGGAUAGAGAUUUUCCCGCCAUCGUCAACCUGGGAACCGGCAGAACUGUAACUGGAGUUUCACUCUAUAAAGGCCGGAGGAAUCUUUUGACAAAAAGGCAAUAUCCUCUGGUUUACAUGGGUGCUAACUCUAGCAGUCCUGAUCCAAGUUCUCUGUGCUUGGAAGGAACUCUGAAUCCACAUAUUGUUUCUGGAAAGAUUGUGAUAUGUGACCGUGGUAUUAGUCCAAGAGUCCAAAAGGGCCAGGUGGUGAAAGAUGCAGGAGCAGUAGGCAUGAUUUUAUCAAAUACAGCAGCAAAUGGAGAAGAACUUGUUGCCGAUUGUCACCUACUUCCAGCAGUUGCUGUGGGGGAAAGAGAAGGGAAAUUGAUCAAACAUUAUGCUUUAACAAGUAGGAAUGCUACAGCAACUCUGGCUUCUCUUGGUACAAAGCUAGGAAUUAGGCCAUCUCCAGUGGUUGCGGCAUUUUCAUCCAGAGGACCAAACUUCUUGAGUCUUGAGAUUCUGAAGCCUGAUGUUGUUGCGCCAGGGGUGAACAUAAUCGCAGCUUGGACUGGUGAUACAGGCCCAUCAGGUUUGCCCACAGAUCCUCGUAGAGUGAGGUUUAACAUUCUGUCUGGAACUUCCAUGUCGUGCCCUCAUGUAAGCGGAAUUGCAGCGUUGCUCAAGGCUAGGCAUCCAGAAUGGAGUCCAGCAGCAAUUAAAUCAGCUCUGAUGACAACAGCUUAUGUUCAUGAUAAUACCCAAAAGCCACUGCAAGAUGCCUCCGUGAAUGCUCCUUCCAGCCCAUAUGAUCAUGGAGCGGGGCACAUAAAUCCCUUGAAAGCUCUAGACCCAGGUCUGAUUUAUGACAUUGAAGCCCAAGAUUACUUUGAAUUUCUUUGCACACAAGGGCUUUCACCAACGCAGCUGAAAGUUUUUGGCAAGUAUGCAAACAGAAAAUGCCAAAAAUCUCUUGCAAGUCCAGGGGACUUGAAUUAUCCAUCUAUUUCAGUCGUGUUCCCAGACAAUACAUCCAUUUCUUUUUUGACUCUUCACAGAACCGUUACCAAUGUUGGUCCUCCAGUUUCAUCAUACCAUGCAGUAGUAUCUAAAUUCAAUGGUGCAACUGUUAAAGUUGAACCAAGAACCCUGAAUUUCACCUCCAAAAACGAGAAAGUUUCUUACAAGAUAACCUUCACCACAAAAUCUCGGCAAAUAAUGCCUGAGUUUGGAAGAUUGGUAUGGAAGGAUGGGGUUCACAAAGUAAGAAGCCCAAUUGCUAUCACAUGGCUGAUGCCAAUGUAAAUGUGCCAGUGGAUUCAACAUUGUUCAACAAUAAUUAUCCAAGGUGUUUUAUGAAGAGCCAAGGAGGCUCAGUCAUUUUUAUUACUACAUGCAAUGCAUUUCUUUC